AUGGCCUCAAAGGCUGUGAGACUGACGACUGGACCUGUUUUGGCUGCGGCGCACAUUACCAAUGCCGUUAGAGAAGGCCGGGCCAAGAUGCACUCCACAGGGUUUCAUUUCUACCUGGGCGUCGACCAAUAA